UGCUUGGUCGGAUUGUCCCUUCUUUGUAAUAUCGCAACCUAACAACCAGCCCCUAGGGCUUGGUCCCUAGGCUCGUGAGCCUUGGCUCACGAGGGGACUCGCGACAUUUCUGUUGUGACCGUCUCGGCUUCUUGUGCGUGGUUGAGAAUGGUUCAGACCUGGUUCAGACAUGGUUCAGACAGGGUUGGGAUUCAGACAGGCGCUCAGCGCCGAGACGUUGGCCUCGAAGUUCCAUGGCGGCCCGCCGCGCGGGCGGCCGGUCGCGCGGGUUCUUCCUUGUAGCAGUUUCAGUGGCUUCUGUGUGUGCAGGUUGUGGGUGGCCCUAGUGGCCGCCCUUGACCCGGCGCAAAGACUCCAAGGCGCAUUGGUGGCCUCGCAUCUCUGGGCCUCUCCUUCGCGGGUGCCGGCGUCUUUGGAGCCCAGAGACCCUCGUCCCAGAGAUUGACGGGGGAGCUUCGCUGGCACUGGUGCUGCGGCGUUGUAGGGGCCGGCUGGCCGCAUUUCGGUUUGUGUUGGCCCCCUUCGUAUCAGGAGCUGGCGUCGACAAGGAGCAUGAGGCCUUCGUCCAGAGAUAACGUUGGCGCUCCGUUAUUGCUGGUGACUGUGUUGUUGGGUGUUGGCAUGCCGGGCAUGUUGGUUCUUGCGUCGGCUUCUGUGUUGCCUGCCGUUUGUGAGCCUUCGGGCUGAUUUCAGACUCCAGACCGUGCCUUCGGCACAGACAUACAGGCGGUUUGGGGCGUUGCCCCGUGUUGAGCCUUCGGGCUGGGACCAGAAUGUGCCUCGGCACGCUCGCGAAUUUGGGGCACUGCCCUGCAGAUGUGCCUUCGGGCUGGGACAUGCUGUGCCACCUGGCACCAGAUACGAGCAGUGCUUUGCGUUUGAUUAGGCGUCGCUGGACUACAUGCCCGGUGUACCUGGUUUAGCGUCGGGUGCUGUAGACAGCGCUUCAUGCGCAGACACGGGUUGCCGCAGGAUGUGGGGCUUUGGCGGGCUUAGGCUUGGCUUCGACUCACGAGUGUUGCACCCGAGACACGCUUUAUGCGAAGACCUAUUGCACGGUUGUCGAAGGUCGGUAGCCAACUGGGGGGAGGGUGGUUUCCCUUCGGGCCGGAGAUGGUCCCUCUUGACCUGGGUGCGGGGCACCCUUGCUUGGUCGGACUGUCCCUUCUUUGUAAGAUCGCAAUCCUAACAACCACUGCCAUAUUACUAGCCCAAGCCUACUAGCCUCUAGGGCUCAUCCCCUAGCCCGCGAGCCUUGGCUCGCGUGGGGGCGCACAACAUCUUAGUUGUCGACCUUGGCUUUCGUUUCCAAAUUUUUGUCGCCUGUUCCGGGCGCUUUGAUCAGAUUGGUUCAGACAGGGUUGGGGUUCAGACAGGCGCUCAGCGCCGAGCUUUGGGUUCGAAGUUCCAUGGCGGCUCGCGGGCGGCUGGUCGCAUGAGUUCUUCGGUGUUGUGUUGUCAGUGGUUUCUGUGUUUGCAGGUAGUGGGUAGCCCUCGUGGUCGCCCUUGGCCCGGCGCAACGGCUGGCGCAUCGGUGCCUCGCCUGUGUGCGCCUCGGCGUCUUGCCUCGUGGCGCCCAGUCAGCCGUCGUCUCUGUCUGCGGUCUUCCUGGCUCUGCAGAUUUUAGCCCUGGGGGUUUUAGCUCGCAGCAUACGGUUCACGGACCGGUAGGCGCGUGGUGACCGCAGUCGGGUAGUCCCGGGUUUGGGGUGUGUGUGCACGGGCGGCUGUUGCCCGGGCGCCCGGGCGACUGUUGGCUCUUCUCGUCUCCGAGUGCCGCUGGGGCUUGUGUGGAGGGUCGGCCUGGGUCGUUGGUUGGACGGUUGGCGGGUGGUGCGCCCUUUGAGAGGGGCUGUGGUGUGCUGUGGCUUGGUGGUGUUUCGGCAUGGCUUCCGGUUCCAGUUGUGCCUCGGCACAGACUAUCAGACAUGGGCCUUCGGGCCAAGACAUUGCGCGUCUCUGACGCCAGCCAUCGUCUUCGGACGUGAUAUUUGUGUGGUGCUUGCGUUUGAUGGGGCUGUCGGCAGACCACUGGCCUGUCGUGCCUUGUUUUGCGUUGGUGCUGCCGCCAAAAGACCUAAAAGAGAUGAGGGGUGUUACGUGGCGGUGGGGCUUAGGCGGGCUUCGGCUUGGCUUCGACUCAUGCGCGUAACGCUAUGAAGGUCGGCAGUCAACCAGGGGGUGGGUGUUUCUCUCUGGGCCGGAGACGGUCCCUCGCGGCGUGGGUACGGUGUGCCCCCGCUUGUCGGACUGUCCCUUCAAUUGUAAUUCGCAUCCUAACAACCAUAUACGUAGCCUCUAGGGCUCAACCCCUAGCCCGCGAGCCUUUGCUCGCGUGGGGGCGCACAACAUCUUAGUUGUCGACCUUGGCUUUCGUUUCCAAAUUUUUGUCGCCUGUUCCGGGCGCUUUUCUCAGAUUGGUUCAGACAGGGUUGGGGUUCAGACAGGCGCUCAGCGCCGAGCUUUGGGUUCGACGUUCCAUGGCGGCCCGCGGGCGGCUGGUCGCAUGAGUUCUUCGGUGUUGUGUUGUCAGUGGUUUCUGUGUUUGCAGGUAGUGGGUAGCCCUCGUGGUCGCCCUUGGCCCGGCGCAACGGCUGGCGCAUCGGUGCCUCGCCUGUGUGCUCCUCGGCGCCUUUCCUCGUGGCGCCCAGUCAGCCGUCGUCUCUGUCUGCGGUCUUCCUGGCUCUGCAGAUUUUAGCCCUGGGGGUUUUAGCUCGCAGCAUACGGUUCACGGACCGGUAGGCGCGUGGUGACCGCAGUCGGGUAGUCCCGGGUUUGGGGUGUGUGUGCACGGGCGGCUGUUGCCCGGGCGCCCGGGCGACUGUUGGCUCUUCUCGUCUCCGAGUGCCGCUGGGGCUUGUGUGGAGGGUCGGCCUGGGUCGUUGGUUGGACGGAUGGUGGGUGGUGCGCCCUUUGAGAGGGCUGUGGUGUGCUGUGGCUUGGUGGUGUUUCGGCUUGGCUUCCGGUUCCAGUUGUGCCUCGGCACAGACUAUCAGACAUGGGCCUUCGGGCCAAGACAUUGCGCGUCUCUGACGCCAGCCAUCGUCUUCGGACGUGAUAUUUGUGUGGUGCUUGCGUUUGAUGGGGCUGUCGGCAGACCACUGGCCUGUCGUGCCUUGUUUGCGUUGGCGCUGCCGCCAAAAGACCUAAACGAGAUGAGGGGUGUUACGCGGCGGUGGGGCUUUGGCGGGCUUCGGCUUGGCUUCGACUCAUGCGCGUAACGCUAUGAAGGUCGGCAGUCAACCAGGGGGUGGGUGUUUCUCUCUGGGCCGGAGACGGUCCCUCGCGGCGUGGGUACGGUGUGCCCCCGCUUGUCGGACUGUCCCUUCAAUUGUAAUUCGCAU